AAACACCUAAAUCAACACUUGUUUUAGAGAGCAGUGUUAGAUUGUUGAAUGGUUAAACUUUUCUGACAAUGGCAGUUGCAAAUCUGAUGUUGUGGGUGUUUUUGUGUUUUCAAUUGGUGCUCAAUGGAUUUUCUUCUCCAAUUGGGCUUCUUUUACAGCAGCCUGAUAGCAAUCAAGUGCUUGUGGAGAAAGAUGUGUCCUGUCCUUAUGCAAGCCAAAAUCCAAACCCGCCAGUGGUAGCACAGUGCAACUUGGCUGUUCUGUUGUCUUUGCAAAAUGCAUCUGGGCUAGGUAUCGAAGUGACUAACUUGUCUGAAGAGUCUAGUUCUCCCCCUGUCAAGGAAUCCAAAACUCUCCCAGUUGCAGAGUCCAGUCCUCCGCCUGCCAAGGAACCCAGCACUAUCCCACCUGGGGGACCUUGCAUUCUGCAUGCUGUGAAACCCAGCCCUCAGCCUGUAAACUAUUCCAGUGCUGCUCCAGCAGGGGAGUUUAGCCCUAAACCAGUUGUGGAAUCCAGCCCCAAGCCUGCCAAGGAAUCUAGCAGUCUCCCAGCUGCUGGGUUUAAUCCUCUGCCUACUGAGUCUAGCUCCCAACCAGUUACAGAGUCCAGCCCCCGGCCUGACAAGGAGCCCAGCACUAUCCCACCUGGGGGUCCUUGCUUUCUGCAUGCUGUGAAACCCAGCCCUCAGCCUGUAAACAAUUCCAGUGCUGCUCCAGCAGGGGAGUUUAGCCCUAAACCAGUUGUGGAAUCCAGCCCCAAGCCUGCCAAGGAAUCUAGCAGUCUCCCAGCUGCUGGGUUUAAUCCUCUGCCUACUGAGUCUAGCUCCCAACCAGUUACAGAGUCCAGCCCCCGGCCUGACAAGGAGCCCAGCACUAUCCCACCUGGGGGUCCUUGCUUUCUGCAUGCUGUGAAACCCAGCCCUCAGCCUGUAAACAAUUCCAGUGCUGCUCCAGCAGGGGAGUUUAGCCCUAAACCAGUUGUGGAAUCCAGCCCCCAGCUUGCCAAGGAGCACAGCACUGUCCCAGGUGGGGAAUCAAGCCCUAAGCCUGCCACAGAACCCAGCAGUGUCCCAGUUGGGGAACCUAUCUCUCUGCCUGCUGAGAAAGCCAGCCCCAAGCCUGCCACAGAACCCAGCAGUGUCCCAGUUGGGGUACCUAUCUCUCUGCCUGCUGAGAAAGCCAGCCCCAAGCCUGCCACAGAACCCAUCACCAUCUCAGCAGGGGAACCUAUCUCUCUGCCUGCUGAGAAAGCCAGCCCCAAGCCUGCCACAGAACCCAGCAGUGUCCCAGUUGGGGUACCUAUCUCUCUGCCUGCUGAGAAAGCCAGCCCCAAGCCUGCCACAGAACCCAUCACCAUCUCAGCAGGGGAACCUAUCUCUCUGCCUGCUGAGAAAGCCAGUCCCAAGCCUGCCACAGAACCCAGCAGUGUCCCAGUUGGGGUACCUAUCUCUCUGCCUGCUGAGAAAGCCAGCCCCAAGCCUGCCACAGAACCCAUCACCAUCUCCGCAGGGAAACCUAUCUCUCUGUCUGCUGAGAAAGCCAGCCCCAAGCCUGCCACAGAACCCAGCAGUGUCCCAGUUGGGGUACCUAUCUCUCUGCCUGCUGAGAAAGCCAGCCCCAAGCCUGCCACAGAACCCAGCAGUGUCCCAGUUGGGGUACCUAUCUCUCUGCCUGCUGACAAAGCCAGCCCCAAGCCUGCCACAGAACCCAGCAGUGUCCCAGUUGGGGUACCUAUCUCUCUGCCUGCUGAGAAAGCCAGCCCCAAGCCUGCCACAGAACCCAUCACCAUCUCCGCAGGGAAACCUAUCUCUCUGUCUGCUGAGAAAGCCAGCCCCAAGCCUGCCACAGAACCCAGCAGUGUCCCAGUUGGGGUACCUAUCUCUCUGCCUGCUGAGAAAGCCAGCCCCAAGCCUGCCACAGAACCCAUCACCAUCUCAGCAGGGAAACCUAUCUCUCUGCCUGCUGAGAAAGCCAGCCCCAAGCCUGCCACAGAACCCAGCAGUGUCCCAGUUGGGGUACCUAUCUCUCUUCCUGCUGAGAAAGCCAGCCCCAAGCCUGCCACAGAACCCAUCACCAUCUCAGCAGGGAAACCUAUCUCUCUGCCUGCUGAGAAAGCCAGCCCCAAGCCUGCCACAGAACCCAGCAGUGUCCCAGUUGGGGUACCUAUCUCUCUGCCUGCUGACAAAGCCAGCCCCAAGCCUGCCACAGAACCCAUCACCAUCUCAGCAGGGGAACCUAUCUCUCUGCCUGCUGAGAAAGCCAGCCCCAAGCCUGCCACAGAACCCAGCAGUGUCCCAGUUGGGGUACCUAUCUCUCUGUCUGCUGAGAAAGCCAGCCCCAAGCCUGCCACAGAACCCAGCAGUGUCCCAGUUGGGGUACCUAUCUCUCUGCCUGCUGAGAAAGCCAGCCCCAAGCCUGCCACAGAACCCAUCACCAUCUCAGCAGGGAAACCUAUCUCUCUGCCUGCUGAGAAAGCCAGCCCCAAGCCUGCCACAGAACCCAGCAGUGUCCCAGUUGGGGUACCUAUCUCUCUUCCUGCUGAGAAAGCCAGCCCCAAGCCUGCCACAGAACCCAUCACCAUCUCAGCAGGGAAACCUAUCUCUCUGUCUGCUGACAAAGCCAGCCCCAAGCCUGCCACAGAACCCAUCACCAUCUCAGCAGGGGAACCUAUCUCUCUGCCUGCUGAGAAAGCCAGCCCCAAGCCUGCCACAGAACCCAGCAGUGUCCCAGUUGGGGUACCUAUCUCUCUGCCUGCUGACAAAGCCAGCCCCAAGCCUGCCACAGAACCCAUCACCAUCUCAGCAGGGGAACCUAUCUCUCUGCCUGCUGAGAAAGCCAGCCCCAAGCCUGCCACAGAACCCAGCAGUGUCCCAGUUGGGGUACCUAUCUCUCUGCCUGCUGACAAAGCCAGCCCCAAGCCUGCCACAGAACCCAGCAGUGUCCCAGUUGGGGUACCUAUCUCUCUGCCUGCUGAGAAAGCCAGCCCCAAGCCUGCCACAGAACCCAUCACCAUCUCAGCAGGGGAACCUAUCUCUCUGCCUGCUGAGAAAGCCAGCCCCAAGCCUGCCACAGAACCCAUCACCAUCUCAGCAGGGAAACCUAUCUCUCUGCCUGCUGACAAAGCCAGCCCCAAGCCUGCCACUGAACCCAGCAGUGUCCCAGUUGGGGAACCUAUCUCUCUGCCUGCUGAGAAAUACAAUCCUGUCCCAGUGACUGCGUUUAAUCAUCUGCCUGCUGAGUCUAGCCCCCACCCAUUUACAGAAUCCAGCACUCUCCAAUCAAUCUUGGGGGGCAAACUGACUGGAUCCAGCCCCCAUCCAGUUGUGGAGCCCAGUGCUCUCCCCACCCAGGAGUCUAUUCCUGACCUUGCCAAGGAGUCCCUCCCUCCAUGUGUCAUUUCCUGCCUGCUUGACCCAAGAUGUUCUAAUGCACUGAAGUCUAUUAGUGGAUAUGCUCAUCUCUAAAUGUGGCAUUUUAACAUCUGUUUUAAGUCAAUAAAACCAGUUAUCUGUCUGGUAAAA